AUGUCUCAAUCUGUAGAAGCUCAUGAAGAUAUUGUGCAACUUAUUCAAAGGAUCUUAGACAUGCAUAACCCAUUUGUGGAGAAAUUUCGUCAACUAUCUCGAAGAGGAGAAGAAGCUGGUCAUUUAAGUGGUAGAGAAAUUUUGGUUCAAACAUUUGGUGGUAAUCUGAUCAAUGUUCAAGAUACAGCAGGAUAUUAUGAUCCAUUGCAGUACCUAAUACUUUUACCAUUUGGAACAUAUGGAUGGGAUAUCAAUACAUGCGACACUAAUAGAAAUAAAGUGUCAUGUCGUGAGUAUUAUGCAUUCAUCUUUCAGAUUCGCGACGAUGCUCUAUCAAUGAUUUGGUAUGGAGGACGCCUUUCACAACAGUAUGUUGUUGAUAAUUAUGUAAAAAUUGAAACACACAAGCUUAGGUGGUUUGAGCACAAUCAAGAUUCUAUUAGGGCAGAUCUGUACCAAGGCCUACAAGAUGCUUUCCAUGAAGGAGAGAGUGAUACUGGAAAUGUUGGACAUAGAACCAUUCUACCUUCAUCAUUUGUGGGAAGCCCACGCAAUAUGAUCCAACGAUUUCAAGAUGCAAUGUCAUUGGUUCAAAAGUUUGGGAAACCAGAUUUAUUCAUCACAAUGACGUGUAAUCCAGGAUGGGAAGAAAUCCAAAAUGAGCUUUUACCCGCACAAACCGCACAAGAUCGUCCAGACUUGCUUUCAAGAGUUUUCAAAUCAAAAUUUGAAGAAUUGAAAGAUGAUAUUGUGGUUAAAGGGGUUCUCGGAAGAGUUAUUGUAUAUGUGCAAGUCUUUGAGUUCCAAAAAAGGGGUUUACCACAUGCACACAUGCUUAUAAUUCUCGACGAAGAUGAUAAAUUGCAUAAUCCAGAGGAUUACGAUCGAGUUGUUAAAGUAGAAAUAUCGUGUAAGGAGGAACAAUCUCAGUUACAUAAAGCUGUACUGAAACAUAUGAUACAUGGUCCUUGCGGAGUACAAAAUCCAAGAUCACCAUGUAUGAAAAAUGGGCGAUGUAAAAAAGGAUACCCAAAGCCUUUCUCGCCAGAAACCUACCAAGGCAAUGACUCAUAUCCUGUUUACAAACGAUAUGAUACUAAUAAUCCCGUGCCAUUAAAUGAUUAUUGCAGGAUUAUGGUAGACAAUACUUGGGUUGUUCCAUAUAAUCCUUGA